UGUGAUAGUACAGAAACAAGCAUCCUUUCACCAGCUUACAGUUUUGUAUUCAUGCCGAAGGUUCUUGUUACAAAAAAGGUCCUCAACACCUCGUGCUAUAUAAACUAGCAUCCUCCUGAGAGAUUCAUCACCAGCAGUAGAGAAGUUGCUACACAACCAAGUACAACAAGCAAGACACCCAGAUCUCUCACUGGCCCUCUUUUAGGCUUCCGGUUUUUGUCUCAAAAUGGCCUUGAUUCUCUUCCUCGCCUUCUCGCUCUUCCUCCAGGGAGCUUUGGGUGACAUUGUAUGCGAGCAGUUGCCUACAGAACUCUGCUCGUUCUCGAUCGCGUCUAAUGGAAGACGGUGCAUCUUGGAGAACUACGUGAGCCUGACCGCUGGGAAGAUGGAGUAUGAAUGCAAGACCUCUCAGGUGGCUGUGGAUAUCAUGCACGAGUGGAUCGAGAGCGAUGAUUGCAUCAGCGCUUGUGGAGUGGAUAGGCAGUCUGUUGGCAUAUCUUCAGAUGCUCUUCUUCAGCCUCACUUCGCUGCCAAGCUCUGCUCACCGGCAUGUUACCACCACUGCCCGAACAUUGUUGAUCUUUACUUCAACUUGGCCCUCGGCGAAGGUGUCUCUUUGUCGGAUCUCUGUAAGGUGCAACGGAGCAACCCGAAGCGGGUCAUGAGAGAGGUUCGAAGUUCCGGCGCAGCAUUUGGUCCCAUGGGCGCCGCACCUAUGGGGAGUCUUUCUGGUGAAUACUAUGAGAUUGGAUAUGCCCCUGCUGAAGCUCCCAUGUAUUACUAGAAGUCAUAUAUGUUUGUGUUUGUGUUUGUGAUUGUGUCUGUCUAAUUGCUUUAGCUUGUGAUGGACAUGGCAUGCUUUUGGCUAUAGAUAUGAGAAUUGUAAGGUGCUAUGUCACCUAAAACUUGUAUGGUAUUGUGCUAUUCUGGCAAAUCAAGGAAGAACAU